GCACCCGGCGCGCUUCGGAGCAUGCGCAGGCGCUCCCGCCCUCCGGGUUCCACUGCGUUUGCAGCGUUCCCUUAGCCUUCAUGUGGGCCCUGAUGACGUCAACCCCGCCCCCAAAAUACCGGGUAAGGAACACUCGACAUUUCGAGUAUCUUCACUUCCUCCGGCCCCCUGCUCGGCCACUGGAGCGAGUCCAAAACCCUGAGAAAAACCCUAGCUCCUGAAAUGGCUCUCGCCCCGAGCACUUCGAUUUCUCGGGCGAUGUCGGCGGUCUGAUCCAUAGCUUUAACGCGUAUGUUGGGGUUUUUCACUGAUCUGCUUCAAGGAGGAGUUUUUCCUGUAGCAUAAAUCCGACAGUGAUUCAGAAAGCUGAACACUUAGUUGGUUUUGUGAACAAUCUGAUUAAAAGAGUUGAAAUCUCAAUAGCUAUACUUUAGAACUGGGAAAUCCAUUCCAAAUUCCAAGAAGAAGUUUUGAGAGAGCCGUGUAACUUUGAUUUUGACGAUCUGUGUGCUAUCUCUUGAUGGAGGGGAAUGUAUCAGCAGGAAACAUGAUGCCAGGGUCUUCUCCUUAUGGUGCAUUUGCUCUCGAAGUUUCAAUGGCGAUGCAUCAGCAACAGCACCCACAUGGUUGCUUUCACCAUCAGCAGCAACAUCCAAACCUGUCCCAACAUCAGGGUCCAAUGGUUCAUCAACCAAUGAACAGUAUUUUCUGUCAGCCUGGUCAGAUGAGUGAGUGCGAACAUGACUACGAUAAGGUUGAUUAUGGCAAAAACUCAACAAGUGAGGAUGAUGGCACUGAGGAUGGAGCUGAUGUUCCCAAUGAAAGUGGCAGAGAGAAGAAGGCUGCUCCUUGGCAGAGGGUGAAGUGGACGGACAGAAUGGUUAAGCUUCUCAUAACCGUGAUUUCUUACUUAAAUGAAGAUGCUACUGAACUUAACAGUAGUGCAAAGAGAAAACUCACCAUGUUACAGAAAAAAGGAAAGUGGAAGUUGGUGUCAAAAGUCAUGGCUGAGAAAAAUUGCUAUGUAUCACCCCAACAGUGUGAAGACAAGUUUAACGAUCUGAAUAAAAGGUACAAGAGGCUUACAGAAAUUCUUGGCAGAGGCACAUCUUGCAAGAUUGUGGAGAAUCCUGCACUAUUAGACUACAUGCCUUCCAUUUCUGAAAAGGUAAAAGAUGAUGCAAGGAAGAUCUUAAGGUCGAAGCAUCUUUAUUAUGAAGAGAUGUGCUCAUACCAUAACAAGAAUCGCAUAAAUCUACCUGCUGAUCCUGAAGUUCAGCGCUCUGUGCAGUUGCUUCUGAAAAUUAGUGAUGAUCAUGACACAAAAAGGGCUGCACAAGAUUAUUUUGAUGAAGAUGAUCAAGAAGACAGUGAUGAUGGGGAAGAUGAUGUUGAGGAGCAUGACAUGCUAUUUAGAGAUAUUGGAGGGCCGUCCUUUCCAAAGAGGAUGAAGCAAGGGCUGGUGCAUGAAGAUUUGAAUUCUACAAACUCUUUGGGCCCUCAAAUCAAUCCUAGAAGACCUUAUUCUCAAAGCUCCUCUUUUGUUGUGAACCAAGUAUUCCCUGAAGAGUCUAGUGCUUCUUGGGCACAGAAGCAGCCGAUUAGGUCACGUGCAAUUCAGCUGGAAGAACAAAGGCUGCAUAUUCAGGCAGAGAUGUUGGAGAUAGAGAGGUGGCGAUUCAAAUGGAAGCAUUUUUGUAAGAAGAAGGACAGCGAAUUGGAUAGGAUAAGAAUGCAAAAUGAAAGGAUGAAACUUGAGAAUGAACGCCUGUCAUUGGAACAGAAGCACAAGGAGUUAGAGCUGGAGCUUUACUGAAUGCAAUUUCAAGGUUUAUCCGAAGAGGCACUACCUGUCCCAUUAUCUGCUCAUGCUAUUAAAGAUCUUUUUAGGUUCUCUGGUUUACAGAACAGAAGAAUGUAGAGGGCUCUAAAAUUAGACCUCUGCCAGCCAAGGUAAGCUUCCGUACUGCAGAGUUAGUUAGAUAUGUGGUAGUUAGUCUUGUGUGGAGGACAUGAAAGAAAAAUCAGAAUAAUCGGCAAAUAGACUAAGCAAACUGGACUUUUUCUUUUCCUGUUUUUCUCACAAAAAAAGAAGAACAAUCUACAUAGAGGGAGGAUCCUUUUUCUCACAUGAGGGAGUGUGUGUGUGUGUGUGAGAGAGAGAGAGAGAGAGAGGGGAAAAUUUUUGGGUUUUUAGAAGGUCUAGCAAGUAUUCAUUCUUAAAAAUCGACAAGGCUAUCUUUCUUGUCCUCCUUUCUCAUAGCCAGAAAAAGAACAUGAAAUAUGAAGCUUGAAAGAGACGAUCCACUUAUUUGGUGAUCCCAUGCAUAAAUACAUGGGAAAUUGGACUAGUUUAGAACUAUAGUAUCAAGAAAGUGAUUUCAUUCAGUAAACUGUUUGAUCAAAUCAUUACUUCUUUAGAAGCGCAAUUUGUGGAAAUCAUAAUAAAAUCUUUUCUGAAGUUUUUCUGAAAUAGUAGUGUUGGCAUGUGCAAUAAAUAUGAGAUUUAACAUUUGAUGGAUAGCUAUGAUCUAUAUAAUUCUAGAUUUUUAUUCCUUAUUUUCCAAGUUAAUAAAUGCAAUCCUACUUUUGGUUGAUAGCUUUUCUUUUCCUUUUUCCUCCUUUGAGAUAAUUUACCAAAAAGAUUAAAGAUCUAAUUUAUUGAAGAAAAGUCUCUUCUCGAAAGAAAUUAGUAGAUCGAAUAUAAUUAGUCAAGUCCCUGCAUUAUGCGGGGAACUAAGUGAAUGCAUGUGACAUAUAUUCUUUCUACAACGAGGUAUAAUUAAGUUAAUGUUCAGCAUGAGUCCCAAAAUAGCUAUUCUGGCAUAAACAAAUGUGUUGUACUGCACUUGCAAAGAAUAGAUAAUGAAUAAAAUGUUUGUGAUAAAAAAAUAAAGGAAGAGUUACAGCGUCACCCCCUCAACUCUUCGUGAUUCGCACUUACACCCUAGAACAUUGUUUUUUCAAUUAGACCUCAAAACUUCAGAUUUGGUUGCAAUGUACCCCAUCUGUCCAUCUUCGUUAGGAUCUAUGAGCAUAUGAUUGACACGUGACAUAAUUUCAUGCACUAUAUUCCAUAUAUACCCUUCCAUCUUGGAUGGGGAGAAGGGUUAUUUUUUGGAAAAAUUAUAAUGACACUCCAACAUUUUGUGAUUUGCACUUACUAAAACUUCAAAUUUUUUCGAUUAGACCCCAAUACACUUCCCUCCCUAGUCCUCUUUCUAUUGGUUGUAUUUUGCCAGAUUUGGUUGAGUGCACUGAAGACAGAGAGAGAAGGAAAGAGCAGAACCUAACAUUGAUGAUUCUGAAGCAGUAGAUGGCAAUGAAGGCAUGGAAUAGAAUGAAGCAGAGGAUGAAGGUGAAGGCAUAAAGAAGAGGAAGAAAAGCUUUUGUUAUUUUGGAAAGCAAUUUGUUGUUUUGGUGCAAUUAAUCUGUUCUAAUUUCUAAUAUAACGAUAGAUAGGAAGUUACAACAUAAGCCACUUCAUCAUACCUACAUUUCCACUAUCUUACUCUUAUACCAAAGCUAUGUCCUAUUACCAUUGUCCAAAAGAGGAGUUCCCAUUUUGAUCUCAACUCUCAUGUAACACCGAUAUAUAAUGAUGAACAAGAAGGAAAACAAGAAGCAUAAAAUGUUCGAAAAUAAUUAGAAAGAAGAUUUUUUUUUUUAAGGAUAAAAAAUUUCCCAUUACCCACCUUUUAUCUUUCCAUCUAUCCUUGCUACAACCCAAGUUGGAGGAAAAAAAAUAAGGGAUCUUUCAAGUAGGAAAAGCACAUUUCCCAUUACCCCAGAUGGCACAUGAGCAUGGAAGAAAAUAGAGCUUUCCUUUAUCUAGAGGAAUGAAAAAACGAUGAGAAGAAUCAUAUUAGAGGAAAAGGAAACAAAAGAGAUAACAAAAGCUUAUAGGAGAACAAAAGAAGGGCUUUGAGAGCUUCCCUUUUCAACUUGAAACCAUGACUGAGGAUUGAAUAUAUGAAGCUUGGUUUCGUUGCAGGAUCCAGAGAGGAAGAGGUUCCUCAUGGUAGAUAAGAGAGAGUGGAAUCCCUCAAACCUCUCAGUUCUCAAAUGCAUCCCCAUUCGAGGCUCAUUGGGGUGAAGUGGCCAACGGGGUUGGCGGGAAGGUCGGGAAGGAGGGAGCCGCAACCAAUGGAGGGUCGCCAUCGGUGGUAGAGGGCAGGGCAAAGGGGGUGAGGAAGAGAGAGAGACAUGCCCAAGCGAAAAGGGAGAGGGUUGGGGAGUGGGAGAGGGAGAUGAUGGCGAAGAGGAGGACGGAGGCAGUGAAGUUUGUGUCCUAGUCAUUGGAGGCGGAGGAGACAGCGCUGCAGCCUCGGAAGAGGAAACACAGCCGCAUCUCUUCUUCCAUGAACUUUGUUCCUAAAAGAUGUGUCUCUGAGUUGGGAAAUCAUUUAAUAAAUUGGGAAAUAGGAUCUCCUCCAGGGUGAUUUAGUCAUUUCAUACAUGCUGUUAACGGUGUUAGAGCUCGGAUGGACAGCUGGGUUUCAUGUCUACGUAAAACUAAGUAUUGGGAUCUAAUUGAAAAAAUUGAAAAUUUUAGGGUGUAACUGCAAAUCGCGAAAAGAUGAAGGGAUGUUGUUGUAAUUUUCCCAAAAAUAAAUUACAUAUUAUAUGUAAAGAUUAAAACUGAUGGCUCACUAAGAAAUUUUAGCAUAUAGCUUAAAUCUAUCUAAUAAGAAAACUAUAUGCAUGACUUUCUUUUGUCUCAAAAUGAAUAAUUUGAUACCUUGUUUUCCUUUAAUGUGAUAGUACCGUUUUUGCCCCUUUUUCUUUGCAUUUAUGGCGAUAAUUUGUUUGUCCUUUGCAUUGCAAACACUUGGGUGGCGGAAGUAGGGAAAAAUUUUGAUAUAGCAGCUUUAUGCAUUUUAUACUUCAUAUGUUUUUUUACAUGCUUUAAUAGGAAUGAUUGGCAAAGGAGAAUUAAUAAAGCUGACACCAAUCUGUCAGGAUCAGCUUUGAGAAAUAUUUUUAUGUUCAUGUUUUAUAGUUUGUUAUCUGUUGAAUCUUCUGUCUUUACCAUCUGCUAUUUAUCUGUAUAUAUGUAUUGGAUAUGUAUGGAUCAUAUAUUCUACAACUUGCAUAUAUUUCUUUACAUGACACAACUGUUCUGUGGCUUCUCCUCGUGGACUGAGUCCACAAAAUUUUGUGUAUGCAUGCACUUGCAAGUAUAUGUGAAUGUAGAUCAUUGUCGGUUGCUCCUCCACCUGGACCAUCUGCUGAUUUUUCCAUUUGUUCUCCCUUUCAUUCUGAUACUUUCCAACAAACAGAAGCCUGUCCCCUUUAACCUUGCUCCAACAAGUUUAACCUUCCUUUCUUUUGAUACUUCUUUUAAUCAAAGUAACUUUCAAUGCUAUCAAUCCAAUCCAGAAAUUCCUCAUCUUUUUCUCCAGCAAAGUCUAAAAUCUGAACCUAAACACCGUAUGCCUUUUUAUUCUGCAAAGCAUGCAAAAUCUGGUUUUCCCAUCAUGGUGUUCUAGCAUUCUGUUGAACAGAUCUCUCUAAAUUCAAUCUGUCCCCAUCAGCAAAACUAUCAUUUUCUCUUUGACAUGCUGAGUUAUUAUCAUCCUCUGACCCCAAACAUCAUCUGGCCUUUUGUUCAUUUCUGUUCCCACGAUUACCAAGUGCUUGAGCAACUGGAUGAGUAAAAGAUUUUGGAUUUUGCAACUCUUGAAACAUCUUAACGGUAGCGUAAUCUUAACGCCCUUUGGUCACGUCCUCAUCUGCCUUUUGUAGCCAUCUAUACCCAUACUUUCCAGCACCCAACGAAACACAACAAUGUACAGCCACAAGGACACAACUAGCUCUAAUACCAAUUUGAAGCAAACUGAUAGAGAAAAUAAACUAAUCUAUGUGUACUAGAGAAAUUACUUCACUAAACAGCAGAUAAACUAGGCUUUUCAAUGCAUCAUGGUAUGAUAUAGGAGCAGAACCAGUCCAAAACAACAAGGAGAACCUUUCCCACAGGCAAUAGCAACCCAAAUCAGAUCAAAGAAGAUACCUAAAAUCUGAAGCUUCGCAGCUGAAAGAAGAAAGAAUAGUGGCAGGAUGCAGGCCUCUUGUGAUGCAGCCAAAAAUCCUAAAACCUCUGCUUCCAAUGCUUGUGAUGCGCAUGUCUCAUGACUCAUUGACAGAUGAAAUGGAAGAUGCUGGUUGGUCGGCUCCUCAGAACCCUUGCUUCCAAUGCUUGAAACCCAAGCUGGGAGAGGAGCAGCUCUAGAGAAAAACAAUAGCCAAAGUCCCCUUGAAAAUGCUUCAAGCACUUUUUAAAAGCUAGAGACUUCUUGAAGAAGCUUCUUGCAUCAAAAUCAAACUUCCAAGCUAACCCAACUUGACACCUCAUGUCCCUUUUCCAAAAAUCCCUGGAACAUAUCUACAAAUAGAAAUAGGACAAAGACGGAAAUGAUCCAGAAUAUGUCGUAAAUAAGUCCUGAUCAGCAGUGGAAAAUCAAAAUGGUUAAAAUACUCUUAAACUGGACAGACCAUUAAAGCACCCUCAAAACUCUACUUCGGCUCCUAAAAUAGUAUUAGCAACUAUUUAUGUAUUUACAAUUAUUACUUUGCAUCAGAUCAGUUCAAAGUUCACUCCUGAUUUUGUGAAUUAAGUAAUGAUGACAUUAAUUACAAAUCAUAAAACUAGUUUUGUUGUUGAUUUUUCAAGAAGUAAUACAUUUUCAGGCCUUUGUUUCUUCUGGUAAUAUAUGCUGCUAUGGCUAUUUAAGUUCAUCAACUUCUAUAUCUUCCUUUUGGAGUUUCGAGUUACAGCAAAUUUCUCAUUUGGAGACUACAUGGAGGCCCUUUGUCCUUUUUUUGUAUGACUGAAGCUUUAUAAGAACUUUAUGCUAAUAAGCUCCAGAAGGUAAACAAAUUUACAGCUAUGUUAUUUGAUCUUUUUGUGAUGUUCCCUUGGUAGUCCUGUCUUCUAUAUUUCAGGUUCUUGGUAUUGCCUGUUUUGUUUUAUUUGGUAUGAAUUUCCUAUGUUCGUGAGAUCUCAUGAAAAAUUGCUUCCGUCUCUGGCCAGCAGCAUUUAAUAAAGAACUUUCUUUUUUUCUUUUUUCCCCUUCUCUCUUUAGGUUUUCUUUUUAUCUUUUCCAGGUUCAUCCAAUGAGGCUGGUUCCAUUUUCCCUGGGUGCUGUUAUUAAAGAUCUUUCGGGUUCCACACACCACAGAAGAUUGGAAAGGGUGUCUCUGGUAAAAACUGCCAGCCAAGGUAAGCUUUCCAUCCUGCACAAUUAGCAAAUUUAGAGAACAGGUGCUAUUUUGAAGGAUCAUGAAAAAAAGUAGCAAUCUUGUAUCUAACCAAGCAAACUGGACUUUUCCUGAGGAGAGAAAGUCUCCUUUUUUUUUUUUAAAUCUCAAAAAAGAGAGGAGAAAGUUUUCUGGUUUCAAGGUCACACAGAUCUUUUUUACACGGUAUUAAAUUACUCCACUUAUCAUGUAGUGUUUAUGAUUUAUUGGGUCUCUUUAAGAUUGAGAGUGCUACUAUUAUCUUUGUAUAUAUCCAACCAAACUAGAGAAUUCUGAGAUGAGAGAAUCUCCUUUUUGUCACAAAAAAAGAGAGGAUAAGUUUUCAGGUUUUGAGGUCUAAAAUCUUCAUUCUCUACACUUAUUAGUAGGCCAUAUCACAUGUAUUAGUAAAGGAUGUUUAUAAUUUCAAUUUAUUAGUGGGUUUAUUUACGCUCUCUUGUGCGUUAGAGCAACACAAAACAUGAAGAUCAAAAGAUAGGGUCCACUCGGUGAUACCUUGCAUUUAUGCUUGACGAAGUCAACUGGUUGAGAACAAUUGGUAUCAAGACAAUUUCAAUAAAUUGUUCGAUCCAAGCAUUGCCUUUAUGGAAGCAAAUGAUGGCAAUCAUAAUACUAAAUCUUUUGUAUUUUUCUAAAAUUCUUUGGCACGUGUAAUGUACAUGCGAGUAAACAUUUGAUGGAUGAUUGUUAUUCUAUAUUGUUCUGGAUUUUAUUCCAAAUUUUAUAAGUUAAUAAAUGCACCCCCACAACUUUUGAUUGAUA